AUGACCGCAGGCACCGCUCGCAGCGGCUCGUCGUCGUCGUCAUCGUCGUCUCCGUCGUUGUGGCCCAAGAUGACCUUCGCACUCGACGACGCGCCGGCAAAUUCGCCUCGAUCGGGCGAAUUGAGCUUCACUCGCACUGGAUCGGAGGUUCGAUGCAUCUCUACACCUGCUGUGAUGGCGUACACGAGGAAGGGGGCGAUCCCGCAUCUCACGCGAGACAAUGUCGCUCGGUUGCCGAACGAGAUGGUUCAUCUGUCCCUCGAGCACUUGUCAGUCACCAGUAACUAAGAUCGCACAUAUUCGCGCUGGGUUCCGGCUCUUGGAGCUUGAUGUGCUUCAUUGGGCUGACUCGACGCACCCUCAAAUCUGUCUACAGCCUGGACAUAUCGCCUCCCAUCUUUACGCGAGCGCCGAUGAGCUUGCACAGGUUCAUCGGCCUGUACGAAACCCCGACCUAUCGACAGCCCAUCCUUGCUUUGGGUCUACGGGACACCUCUUCCGACAAGCCACUUGCGCCGAACCAGGACAAACUCAUAAUGGCUGCGACGCUGCAAGGGUCCGCAAAGGUCCGUUAGCGAUGGUGACGAAAUUGCGAAUGCCUAAAACUGACUUGAGUAGAAUGAUUCCCACUACGAUCCAGAUCUCUUCCGACGCCAUGUGUGACUAUCUUCUUGCUCAACCAACCGAGAUCGUGAUUGCUCCCUCGGACGAGCAACGAGGUUCGCUGAGUUCGAAAAAACUGGACAAAGUCAUCCGUCGAGGGCUGCAGUGGGCAUCAGAUUUUAUAGCCAAAGUCGACGUGAGUCUGGGCCUGACAGGCGUCCGAGGUCUGCGGUAAUCUUCGUACACCGUGCUCACCCUUUGGAAUCGUCUUCCAGGGUCGGGCAAAUGUUUUCGUGCCGCUCGUCGGUGGACAGUCUCCCAUCGGACGGAGCGAAUUCUCGAACGCGCUCCUCGGCGACACUCCAACCCGAGCCAGUCAGCCCGCCAAGGUCGAGCCGGGUCAAAAGCCUCUAGAUGCCUCCAUUAAUGGUUAUGUUCUGACUAUCGACUCGACCUUGCCCGACCUUCACGAGCUGUGUCACGCAUCGCUCGACCCGCUUCCCAGCCACAAACCUCGGUUGGCAUUGGGCGUCAGUGGCCCGCAUGCGAUCCUGAAAACGAUCCAGGAGAUCGGGUUGGACGUCUUUGUGGAUGAAUGGUCAUCUCAGAUGUCGACCGUCGGCGUGGCACUCGAUUUCAGCUUUCCCGUGCCCCACGAGGCUGAUACCCUCGAGUACGAUCGGGAACACCAGCGGCCCAUCGGUCUCGACCUCUAUGACCCCGCCUAUGAUCGAUCCUUUAUCCCCCUCUCAUCUUCCACCCUCGCUCCAUCUCCCGAAGCGCUUCAUGCUUUCGGACCGAUCCCACCGACGCGAGCUUACGUGCACCACUUGCUGCAAGCGAGGGAGAUGACCUCCUACGUCAUCAUAGCGCAGCACAACCUUACGGUCAUGCAUCGUUUCUUCCAAAACAUCCGCGAUGUCCUGAGACGAGGAAAGGAGGAAUUCGAUCUACAGGUGCAGAGGUUCAAUGACACCUACGAGGAUCAACAAGUUCCCGAGUACAGAGGGAGAGGGUACGCUGUCGUCAUGAACGCGACGCGAGAAUUCGAUCGGGUCAACAAAGAACGAGGCAAGGGGAGUCUGAGGGACAAAUUGGCUAAGGAUGCGGUGGCUCUUGCAGAAGGAGUCGCGACGAAAAUGACGCCGCUGCCUUCGCCCGCUGUGCCUGGCGCGGUCGAAGUGAACGGUGGUAGUAAGCGACAAAAGGUCGCUUGA